AAUGUCAAAUCCUCAAACUAUUGUGCAAAUGCAAAACACGUGGAAAAUUGUAUAGCGUGCUAUUUGUGGUUUAAAAUACUUUGUAAUUGUAAAUUGUGACAUAUUUUGCUGUAAAUAUGUCGCAACUAUACGUCCUCUACGAACAUGCUGCGGGAUACUCCCUAUUUUCAGUCAAGGAAUUUGAAGAAGUAUCUAUGUUUCUUCCUCAAGUUGAGGCAUCCGUAACUGAUAUAGCAAAAUUCCAUUCGAUUGUAAAAUUAGUUGGAUUUUCUCCUUUCAAAACAGCAAUAGCGGCAUUGGAAAACAUUAACGCUAUAUCUGAAGGUAUUGCACCUCAAGAUUUGUUGGUAUUUUUAGAUGAUUUCUUCUCAAAGUUAAAGAAGAAGAAAUGUACCUUAGGCAUUGCGGAUGCUAAGUUGGGAGCAGCUAUUACUGAAUCGAUUGGUGUGCAAUGUAGCCAUUUUGGAGCUGUACCAGAAAUAUUACGUGGUAUACGUUUUCAUUUCCAUCGGCUAGUUAAAGGAUUUACCGACAAGUCUGCGGGAAUAGCGCAACUGGGUUUGGGUCACAGUUAUUCUCGUGCCAAAGUAAAGUUUAACGUUCACCGUUCGGACAAUAUGAUAAUACAAUCCAUUGCGCUCUUAGAUCAAUUGGAUAAGGACGUAAAUACUUUUUCAAUGCGUAUACGGGAAUGGUAUUCGUACCAUUUCCCAGAGUUGGUCAAAAUUGUUCCUGAUAAUUACUUGUUUGCCAAAACUGCUAAAUAUAUUAAAGACCGUAAAAGCCUUUCCCAAGACAAAUUAGAAGAAUUGGAGGAAAUUGUAAUGGAUUCGGCAAAGGCGCAAGCUAUUAUAGACGCCGCAAAAAUGUCUAUGGGAAUGGAUAUUUCAAUAGUAGAUUUAAUAAAUAUCGAACUAUUUGCAGAACGAGUGGUUCGUUUGUCUGAAUAUCGAAAGAAAAUGGCAACGUAUUUGCACAAUAAAAUGGAGGCAGUGGCACCAAAUUUGCAAUCUCUGAUUGGUGAUCAAGUUGGGGCACGUUUGAUUUCGCACGCAGGUAGUUUGACUAAUUUAGCUAAAUACCCAGCCUCAACAGUACAAAUAUUGGGAGCGGAAAAAGCACUUUUCCGUGCAUUGAAAACACGUUCAAACACACCAAAAUAUGGAUUGCUUUACCAUUCAUCGUUCAUUGGACGUGCUGGAUUAAAGAACAAAGGCCGCAUAUCUCGUUUUUUGGCAAACAAGUGUUCGAUUGCAUCCCGUAUUGACUGCUUUUUGGAGAAACCGACGAGCGUUUUUGGUGAAACACUAAAGCAACAGGUGGAAGAUCGUCUGAAAUUCUACGAAUCUGGUGAAGUACCACGUAAAAAUAUAGAAGUUAUGAAAGAAGCCAUUGAAGCAGCAGAAAAAGAAGACAAAAAGAGUGUUACCGAGACACAAGCACUAAAAAAGAAAAAUAAGAAAAAGAAACGCAAAGCCGGGGAUGUGGAAAACGGCGAAGUUACUGAAAGCAAAAGUAAUGGAAAGGCUGAAGAAGCAAAUAACACAGUCGUAGAAGAGAAUGGCGGUGAAGCUGGUGAAGGAGAACCUAAGAAGAAGAAGAAGAAAAAGAAGAACAAGAAUAAGGACGCUGAGGCUUAAUUGUAAACAAGUAACCCCUCGUUAGGUAAUACAAAGUACAUAGUUAAGGGAAGAUUACAUUUAUUUGCCUCAUAAAUGUAUAAUAUAAACUUUAUAACAUUUAGGUUAUUAUUAUCUGCUAUUGUCUUUACAUUACGUGGUUGGGAAACUACUUUUGAGGGACUAAAUUUUUUUGCAAACCUAAACAAGUUUUGAUAUAAUAGCUGAACAUUUUGAAUAAAGUACGGAAAUAUUAUUAAUCACAA